AUGACUAAUAACAACAACAACUCGUUUUUUAGCAUCCGUCCCUUCCUUGAGAAGGAUAGGCUGAACGGAGAAAAUUUCAUCAAUUGGGAAAGGACCCUAAGACUUCUUUUAAAGUCGGAGGGUAGAGAGGAUGUCUUAGAAAACCCACUUCCAGUAGUGACUGAUGAAUCAUCUGAUGCUGAUAAACAUCGUGCUAAGCAGGCUUAUGAUAGGUCUACUCCAAUCACUUGCUUGAUGGUGGUGGCUAUGGAACCGGAACUCCAAAGGAGGAUGGAAAAUGGUGAAUAUGUUCUCCAACAUGCUUUCAAAAUGAUUGUUCUUUUUGAAAGCAUGGAACGUCUUGGAUUCCCUUAUAGCCAACAGUUGGCUACUGAUAUCAUUCUCCAUUCAUUGCUUGACAGCUUUAAUCAGUUUAGGAUGACUUUCAACAUGAAUGAGUCUGAAAAGACUUUGACUCAAUUGCAUGGGAUGCUUGUCAAUGCUGAAAGGAACAUUCCCAAAGAACCAAAGAAAGAGGUUUUGAUGGUUCAAAAGGGAAAGGGUUUCAAAAAGAAGGGGGCAGGCAAGAAAAUCAAAGGCAAGAAAUUGUCAAAGUUUCUGAAAAGCCUAAGCAGGCCGCUAAACCAAAAGUUGCUGCGGAAAGCAAAUGUUUCUACUGUGAAAAGAUAG